AUGGCUGUGUACGAACGGACUGAUCAUCGUCAUUUUGGCGAAAAUUAUGUACAGGAGCUUGUCGAAAAAGCCGCGGUUCUCCCUGACGACAUUCAUUGGCACUUUAUUGGUGGUUUGCAGAGCAAUAAGGCCAAGGUGCUUGCUGCUGUUCCCAACCUUUAUGCUGUUCAAUCACUGGACUCUGAAAAGGUAGCCAAGGGACUGGAUAAAGCACUAGCCAAAGUUGAAAAUGCGUCGCGCCGGACUGAACCGCUCUAUGUAUAUGUACAAGUGAAUACAAGUGGCGAAGAAGGCAAAAGCGGUGUUCCUGCGAUGACAAGCGCCUGGUCUUCGAGCCAGGAAAAACCCUUACUAUUGCAGUUGGCUGAGAAGAUCAUUUUGGGAUGCCCUCACCUUCGUCUCCGUGGUCUUAUGACAAUUGGUGCUCUCUCCAAUAGCCGAGCGGCUGGCAGCACACACGAGAACCCCGAUUUUGAGACUCUUUUUCAAUCGCGCAAAUUCUUGAUGGAUGCUCUUCGAUCUGAUGCGGAUUUUCAGACCGAAUUGCGCAAUACCCACUGGUGGACGCCAGCUGGCGAUGUUAACGAUGCUUACACGCUCGAGUCUGAGACAGAGUUUGGGCUCAGCAUGGGCAUGUCAGCUGACAUGGAGGCUGCUGUGGCUCUAGGGAGCACCGAUGUGCGGAUUGGAAGUGAUUGCUUUGGCCAGCGUGCUUCCAACCAUGAAGCAGGCGGUGUACGUGCCGCUGAAAUCGCUGCGUUUUCGACAAAAUCUCUUGUACGAGAGGUUGAUAUUCAAAUCACGUUGGAGAGGUUAUCUGAGGAUGGCUUCUUCCCGGCCGACCAAGGCCUUGGCACUAUGGAGCCAUUGAAGGCAAUGGGACAUCGCUUGAAGUCUCAUUUUGAUCAGGGCCGUGUCCGGUUGCAGGUGCCUGGUGAUGUGCCGCUGGGAGCCAGUACGGGGGCACUUAAUGACUAUUGGACUGGGCCCGACAGCUAUGGGGCCAUGCCGGAGCGCGCUCCAGUUCUUUUGGCUGAGCUGCAAAAGGCAGGUCUUGUCUUUUUCCAAGAUGCGCAGUGGCCUUCUGACACAAGCUUUGCGCAUGCAUUGGGCCCACUUUUUGGAACUAUGGACUUGGCAGUGCUUCGUACUUGCAAAUCAGAAGCCUGUGUGGGUCUUGAACCUGGCCAGGCCGAUGAGUUGACCGGGCAGGAUCCUGCCUGGCGCACGAAUGGCGAGUGGAGUGUGGUCCAAUACGCCUCUGCUGCUCAGCACCACGGUCACACGUGA